AUGGUGAUGGUGUUUCUCACAACCCUUCUAGUCAUUCUUAUGACCCUGCUUUUAAAAGUUGCCUAUGACACCAUCUCAUGUUAUUGGCUUACUCCAAUACGCAUCAAGAAAAUCAUGGAGAAGCAAGGUGUUCAUGGCCCCAAACCUCGCUUUCUCACAGGCAACAUCAAAGACAUGGCUUCCCUUGUUUCAAUAGCCAUUUCACAAGACAUGAAAACCAUCAACCAUGAUAUUGUUGCUCGCCUUUUGCCACAUUUUGUUGCUUGGUCUAACCAAUAUGGGAAGAGAUUUCUAUAUUGGAAUGGUAUAGAGCCAAGGUUGUGCCUAACAGAAACUGGAUUGAUCAAAGAAUUUUUAUCAAAGUACAGUAACAUAUCUGGGAAAUCAUGGCAGCAACAACAAGGGUCCAAACAUUUCAUUGGGAGAGGUUUGUUAAUGGCAAAUGGUGAAGAUUGGUACCACCAACGCCACCUUGUUGCCCCUGCAUUCAUGGGAGACAGACUUAAGGGCUAUGCUGGGCAUAUGGUGGAAUGUACUAAGGAGAUGCUACAAUCACUGCAAAAUGUGUUAGAAUCCGGCAAAACUGAGGUUGAGAUUGGAGAGUACUUGACUAAACUCACUGCAGAUAUCAUCUCUAGAACCGAGUUUGGUACAAGCUAUGAAAAGGGAAAGCAAAUUUUUCAUCUCCUCACAGAGCUGCAGAAUCUUUGUGCUCAAGCAACUCGCCAUCUUUGCUUUCCUGGAAGCAGGUUUUUCCCUAGUACUUAUAACAGGGAGAUAAAGUCAUUAAAGAUGGAAGUGGAAAGAUUGUUGAUAGAGAUCAUACAAAGUAGGAAAGAUUGUGUGGAAAUGGGUAGAAGCAAUUCAUAUGGGAAUGAUUUGUUAGGUAUGCUUCUUGGUGAGAUUCAGAAGAAUGGUGGUAACUUGAAUCUGCAGCUAGUUAUGGAUGAAUGCAAAACAUUUUUCUUUGCUGGACAUGAAACUACUGCACUCUUACUCACUUGGACAACUAUGUUGCUUGCAAGUAAUCCAUAUUGGCAAGACAAAGUUAGAGCUGAAGUUAAAGAACUCUUCAAUGGUGGAACUCCUUCUGUUGAUCAACUAUCAAAGCUCACUGUGUUACAUAUGGUAAUUAAUGAGUCAAUGAGGCUCUAUCCUCCAGCAACUGUGCUUCCUAGAAUGACCUUUGAAGACUUUAUGUUAGGUGACCUUUAUAUUCCUAAAGGCUUAUCAAUUUGGAUUCCAGUGCUGGCUAUUCAUCAUAGUGAAGAACUAUGGGGCAAAGAUGCAAAUGAGUUUAACCCUGAGAGGUUUGCUUCAAAGUCAUUCAUACCUGGCCGUUUUAUACCAUUUGCUUCUGGCCCUAGAAAUUGUGUUGGACAAUCAUUUGCCAUGAUGGAAGCUAAGAUUAUAUUGGCCAUGUUGAUCUCAAAGUUUAGCUUUACAAUUUCAGAGAAUUAUAAGCAUGCACCUGUGGUUGUCCUCACAAUUAAGCCUAAAUAUGGGGUUCAAGUUUGUUUGAAGCCCUUGGAUACAUAA